AGUUUAUCAUACUGCAUAAGCUUGUUGGCAUAUUAGCUACCAUAGCAACCAACACAAGGGCUCCAUUUUCUCUCACCAGUUCCCUCACAAGUUUUGUGCUGCAAUUUCAAGAGGCAGGACCUUUCUGGUGACAUCAUAACGCAGCCUCGUUAGGACUGUUCCAUUUGUGUGACCGAUAGGCUACUAAGGUGGAGUCUUCAUAGGACAGUCGUACUGAGGACCCCACCCUACCUCGGCUGCAGCCUAGGCUUUGGAAUGCAGCUCGUAUCUCAUAGGUAACCAACCAGUUGAAAUCUUCUCUCUCUUAUCUAACCACCUCUAAGAAACCCACCUGAGAACUGUAUUUCGGAGGGAACCCAACAGAUACUCUCACUCCUAAUUGACUACAUCUUAAAGAACCCAACGGAUACCCUCUAUCUUAACUCACCGUAUCUAAGAAGAACCAAACAGAUACCCUCACUGCUCACUGACCAUAGUUCUGACCAUUUAUGCUUGCUUUUAUUAUCUGAUCAGUCAAUUAAAUGCUCAUAUAAACUGAUACCCAUUCAUAACUCAGGAUGCGAGUGAGGCUUCUGGUAAUAUUGGUGGAUAAAAACAAUGCGCCCUGCAUUGCUGCUGUGAGUCUCCAGUGGUCUUUCCAGUGUAAAUGCCCUGCAGUCCAGGUGGAGGCGCUGUUUGUCUGGGAUCCUCCAACCCCAGUAAAGCGGAGAAGAAGAAGAUCUGAUCAGCUGCCUGAGCCUCCUGAGUUCUGCUGGAGAGAGAAGCAGGAGCUGCAGUGCUGAAGCACUAGUCUUCAGUAAGCCAUCCAGAGGAAAACCUUGCACUUCUGAGAGCAGAAGAGAUUAACUGUAUGAAUAUGGAGUCCAGAGGAAGCUCCAGCGCUCAACAGACGUCCUCCGGUCCUCUCCACGCUAACACGUCUCACAGUCAAACACAGAACAACACAGGAGCGAAGAGACCUCACGACUGCUCAGAGUGCGGGAAGAGUUUUCACUAUCCGAGUCAUCUGAGAACACACCAGCGCGUUCACACUGGAGAGAAACCGUAUCAGUGCACAGAGUGUGGAAAGAGUUUUAACCAGCAGAAUAGUCUCCAACUACACCAGCGCAUUCACACCGGAGAGAAACCGUAUCCCUGCUUGGAGUGCGGGAAGAGAUUUACUCAACACAGUGAUCUCCAGAUACACCAGCGCACCCACACAGGAGAGAAACCCUUUCACUGCUCUGAGUGCGGGAAGAGAUUCGGGGGCAGAAGCACACUUAGAAAACACCAGCGCAUUCACACCGGAGAGAAACCGUAUCACUGCUCAGAGUGUGGACAGAGCUUUACUCUGCAGAGUUCCCUCCACCGACACCAGCGCGUUCACACCGGAGAGAAACCGUACGAGUGCUCAGAGUGCGGGAAGAGAUUCAUUCAACAGAGUGAUCUCCAUGUACACCAGCGCAUUCACACAGGAAUGAAACCGUAUGACUGCUGGGAGUGCGGGAAGACUUUCGCUCUACACAGUAGCCUCCAGCGGCACCAGCGCCUUCACACAGGGGAGAAACCGUAUUACUGCUCGGAGUGUGGGCGGAGUUUUAGAGACAGCACUACCUUCAAAACACACCAGCGCAUUCACACCGGAGAGAAACCAUAUCUGUGCUCAGAGUGUGGCAAGAGCUUUGCUCUGAAAAGUUCUCUCCAGUCACACUGGCGUAUUCACACCGGAGAGAAACCGUAUUACUGCUCAGAGUGUGAACAGAACUUCAGGCAUUUGAUUACCUUAAAGAAACACAAAAGAACGCCGAACACAGUAAAGAAGAGACUUCACCGCUGCUCAGAUUGCGGGAAGAGUUUUCACCAUCACAGUUAUCUCCAGGUACACCAGCGCAUUCACACCGGAGAGAAACCGUUUCACUGCUUGGAGUGUGGGAACAGUUUUAGAGACAGUGGAACCUUCAAAAAACACCAGCGCAUUCACACCGGAGAGAAACCGUAUCGCUGCUCAGAGUGCGGGAGGAGCUUUAGAGAUGGUGGAACCCUCAAGAAACAUCAGCGCGUUCACACAGGAGAGAAACCGUAUCACUGCUGGGAGUGCGGGAAGAGCUUCACUCUGCAGAACAGUCUCCAACGACACCAGCGCCUUCACACGGGAGAGAAACCGUAUCGCUGUUCAGACUGCGGCAGGAGUUUUACUGUACAGAGCCAUCUAAGACAACACCAGCGUGUUCACACCGGAGAGAAACCGUAUUACUGCUCUGACUGUGGGAGGAAUUUUAGAGACAGCGCCACCUUCAGGAAACACCAGCGCGUUCACACAGGACAGAAACCGUAUCACUGCUCAGAGUGUGGAAAGAGGUUCACCCUGAAAAGUUCUCUGCAAACACACCAGCUCAUUCACACCGGAGAGAAACCGCAUUACUGCUCAGAGUGUGGGCGGAGCUUCAGACAUCUGAGUACUUUUAGGAGACAUAAGUGCUCUGAGAGGAUGAUGAAAUACUCAUGACACCUGAUUUUAAUUGAAAACAUUAACAGAGAGUGCGCAAUAACUGCACCCCAGACGCACCAUAGAUCACAUGGUUCCAGUGUGAGUCCUCCUGCAGCCCAUGUGGAGGCGCUGUGGUU